AUGACUCUUCUGCACAUCGUGGGACUGCUACUCGGCCGCCAGCUGAGCCGAGCGGAGGAGUAUGCCCUGAACCCCGUCGACGGGAAAACUUAUCCGCACCACCCGGUCAUGCUGCAGGUGCCGCUCAGGUCUUAUCCUCUGGAGCCAGGGGUCCUUACAGAGCUCAACGGGCUGAAGGUCCCGGCACACUUCGACUGCGAGAAUCUCUGCAAUGCGAGCCAGUGGAACCCCAAGAAUGAGGGCCCUAUGGGCUGCCCCUUCGGCUCCUUCCGCUACUACCUCUCUCUGCCGAGCCGGUGGCAUGCCUGUCACGAGCACGAGGCCUUCCUCAGGUCUAAGUUCACGCACGUGCAGCCACAGCUGCCUGUGAUCGACGAGGAGUACUUCGAGCAAGUGGCCGUGUAUCAAUCAGUGCUACGCGCACGUGGAUCCUUCCACGUCAUGGAGCUGGGAGCCCGGUGGGGCACCUGGGGACUCCGCGGCAUCGCGCUGCUGCGCCAGCUGAACCCCAUGCCAUACCGGUUGGCCCUGGUAGAGUCGCUCAGAGUGCACUGUGCUGGCGCCCACAUGGUGUUGAAGCUCAACGCCAUGGAAGCCACCCUGAAGUGCACAAUGGCAGAUGCCGACCUUUUUCUGGACAUGAUGGCUGGUUUGCAGCAUCUGGACCUGCUGCACAUUGACAUUCAGGGGGCGGAGGUGCAGCUGCUGUCCGACCCCAGGGUACAAGCGGUGCUGACCAAGAAGGUCUAUCGUAUCAUCCUUGGCACCCAUUCGGAGGAGAUUUACACGUCCGCGAAGAAACUCUUCGACGAUUGGAUUACGGUCUUCACUCUACCUCAAGGCUUUUGGCAGUGCAUCAAAGAUGUGGGGCUCGUCCCAGCUGCGUUGGAGACCAACACGCAGCGGGUGCCGCUCCCGCUGCCGGUUGAAAAUGUGUGGAGCCUCCUGCAACAACGCGGCUGCUUCCACAGAACGAAACAAGGGAUGGUUGCCAACAUCGAUGGCAGCAUCAUUCUGGACAAUCCGCGUUUCGUCAACGCGUCCAAGGCCUUCUACAUGGAGGACAUGGUAUUGAGGACCGAUGGCUUAUUAGUGAAGUAA